CUCCUUCUCGCCAAAAUGUUGAGGUCACAGUCGGUUCGGUCUGUCAGUGUGGGGAUGUGUGGAAGGUGACGCGCCCUGCAAGCAUGGACGGGGAGGAAGAUACUACCGGCGAGGCGGCGCUGCUGAAACGGCACCGGAAUGAGAAGAAGGAGCUGCAGGCUAAAAUCCAGAGCAUGAAAAACUCUGUGCCUAAAAAUGACAAAAAGCGGAGGAAACAGUUGACUGAAGAUAUUGCUAAAUUGGAGUCUGAAAUGGAUGAGAAACACAAAAGGGAACUGGAGGAAUUGGCAGCGAGCCAACGUGCGCAAACACAGACAGAAAGCGUUCUUAAUGGUAUCAUAAGUUUAGACCUGGAAAACACAGAGCCUGUCCAACAACCACGUGUCACCAAAGCUCAAAAGAGGCGGGAGAAAAAGGCUGCCUUGGAGAAAGAGAGAGAUGAGCGCAUAGCUGAGGCUGAAAUAGAAAAUUUAUCUGGAGCCAGGCACCUGGAAAGUGAAAAACUCACGAGCCUCUUGGCAGACCGCCAGCUGCAGAUUAAACAGAUCCCAUCAGACGGUCACUGUAUGUACAGAGCUAUCGAGCACCAGCUGAAAGAGCAAGAUAAUGUCCUUACGCUUUCAAACCUCAGAAGCCAAACGGCAGACUACAUGCGAAAUCACGCAGAUGAAUUUCUCCCGUUCUUAACAAAUUCUGCCACAGGGGAAAUGUAUACCCAGGAGGAGUUCGAGAAAUACUGUACUGAGAUAGAAAGCACUCCAGCAUGGGGGGGUCAAUUAGAGCUCAGAGCCCUGUCUCACAUACUGCAAACUCCUAUUGAGGUUAUCCAAGCAGAGUCCUCCCCCAUUUACAUUGGUGAGGAAUAUUCAAGCAAGCCUAUAACCUUAGUAUAUAUGCGCCACGCUUACGGACUGGGAGAGCAUUAUAACUCAGUUGAACAACUAAAGGUGGCAUCUCUGGAAAGCAGCUAGGGGACCCUGUUACAAGUGGCCAUUACUAUUGUUAUUGUCAAAUACUUUACAAAACUGUUAGCCACAUUAGAAGUGAUACCCAAAAAGAAUGUUGCCAUAUUUUUGAGAGGGUUUGGAAUAGUUCUCACUUGUGGGCAGUAAAUUGUAUGACUUUAGUGCUACAAACAAAGUAAAAAAAAAAAAAAAAAAAAACCCUCCAUACUUUCAACAGUACAAUGUUCUGUCAAAAAUACACAGUUUGCUGUUUAAAGAUAAAUUGUAAGUCCUCUAA